AUGAAAGGGGACAGUGGAGGUCCAGGGAGAGACAGCAAUCCUCCUACCUCCCGGCACCAAGAGCCAGUUUGGUGCCAGCGACAGGGCGAGGUGCAGGGCGAGGGGCGAUGCGUCGAGGACCCAGCCACUGGCUCGAAUCUCAACUGCGCACCACUGGGAGGCUCGGGAGGAGCAGGUGUGACCAUUGCAGGGAUCGCCCUGGACCAGGGCAGAGCGUUCCACCCGCUCCUGGACCCACUCUCAUCGCCUUCCUUGUGCUGCUCCGUGCCCUGUCCGCUGGCUCCGAAUCUCCGCGCUUUCCCCCGGCCCUCGCGGAAGCCCAGACCCGUGCGGCUCCCCGUAGCCUCCAGCCGCCAGGUGCCUGGCGAGCCGCUUGCGCCGUGGGCGGAGCGAGGCGCUGCUCGAGGGGCUGUGGCGCUGGUGCUGGCCGGGGCGCUGCUGCCCAACACGCUGGUGCUGCUCUGCUGCGUCCACAGCGAAGGGCUGCGCCCACGCUCGGGUGUCUUCCUGGUGAUCCUGUUGCUGGGCCAUUUGCUCCUGGUGGCGCUCGACACUGCCAGCAUGUGCCAGGCUGUCGGCCUCCUGGACACCUUCCUGGCUCCCAACGCGGCGCUGAGCAGACGGUGGCUGGCUGUGGGCUACCCGCGUUUGCAGCUUGCCUGCUCAUGGCUCGGCUACAGCAGCGCCUUCCCAUCCUGCUGGCCGCCAUCCGAGCCUGAGCGCCCACUUCUCUGCCGUCAUGGCCACGUGCUCUGCCUCACCUCACUCAAGGUGCUGAGGGUGGCAAGCCACUGCCGGCGCCUUGACGUCAUCACGGUGCAGGCGCUCCUGCUGCUCACCGACCUGCACCCCGGGGACAUGUGGCAGUGCUGCCUUCUCCAGCAGAAGAAGCGCCACCAGCAUGCCCCAGGAAGAACAGAGUCUUCAUUGGAUCCCUCGUGGGCUGCUUUGUCCAUAUGUCAUGACCAGCUGGAGCCCUCCGUCACAGUGAGCACCCACGAGGCUGUCCUAAGCGAGUGCCUGCCCUACGAGGCAGCGGCUGCCGCACUCGUGUACUCCCUGCUCCGCCAGCAGUUCCGCCAAGUCCUGGCCAACAGCAAACGGCUGCUGAAGAGACACCAGUACCCGAUCUCCCCCCACAACAGCUCUCUGGUCACGGAGGACUACUUCUGCCUGCAGCAGACGUGCCGAGGGCCCUUCUGA